AUGGAUGAAAUUCUGAAGAGAUCUGCUCUUGAGCUAUUAAAAAGCAUUGGCUUUGAGAGCAUAGAAUCCAAAGCCUUAGAGUUGCUAUUGGCAAUACACAAUGAUAGAAUCAUGUCAUAUCUUCAGACUAAUUCAAAGAUUUCUGUACUUUCUUCAAGACCAAGUGUAUCUUUAUUGGAUCUUUGUGGAAUAAAGCAACAAUUGCCAAGGAUUGGAAACGAAAUACCAUUUACCAAGGACAUGUUGGCUGAAUGUAAUGCCAUGAUUCCAAACUGUAGAAAUAAAUCAGUCCAAUAUCUUUUUACUCUUGUUCCCUCCAAAACAUACGAGUUUCCCCGAGAGAUUCUUGAGGAGGAGCAUGAAUGGAUAAGCCCCCUAAGUGCAAGAGUGGAGAGGUUUAUUCACAUCUAUGAUUUUAUGCCUAACUUUCCGCCAAUCCAUACGUUUAGAAUGACAUCUCUGAAAAGCUCGACUCUCAAAAACCAAUCAUCUAAGGUUAAGAAUAGAUUAGAGCAGAGCCUGAGAAGCGAGGGCAGUAUGGUUAAGUUGAUAAAGUCAAGCGGGUCGAUGCCCAAAUUUAUCAACUAUCUAUACAAGGGUAAAGUGUGA